CUGGUAAAUUAAUGUUCUUCAUUUCCGGUGUCAUCUGUAAUUUACCGGGGAGGUGCUCGUUUGCUCAGCUAAACAUUAUAUCAUUCAACAAUAAGAAAAGUGAAACAUUGAUUCACGGGGACAGCAACUCAUCUUCCACACACAGGCCAGUAAUACAGUAUCAAUAGGGAGGCUUCAAAUAUUUUGACAUUAAACAAAUCAAGAAGACAAGAAGUUGAAUGAAUACUAUUUACAAAUAUGGCGACAUCUUGCCAGAAUGAAUAUGAUUUUUAUGUCAUAAGCGAUGACGAAGAUUGGGAGAAUAAAGUGAUAAUCGAGUUACAGAAACGAAGACAAGGAUUACGGUGUUAUAGCAAAAGGGACCAUAUACCUGGAAAACCCAAACUUGAAAAUUUUAUUGAUGGAGUGAAUAAAUGCAAAAAAGUUGUCGUGGGAUUCACAUCUACAUUAUCAACUGGAUAUCUAAUGUUUGUUACAGAGAAUGCUGUUCAAAAAAUGGUGGAUAAUAAUAUUAUUGGCAGCGGCAAAGUUAUUCCUGUGAAGAUAACACAAGAUGCAAUAAUACCAGAUAUUCUUAAUAUUUUUUCCCCAGCAGAUGGCUGGGAGGAUAGUUUUUAUGAGAAGUUGUUGGAUGAAAAAAAUAUGAAAAUGAAACUUGUUGAAAAGCAACCAGAAGCAGGAUUACAAAAUCAAGAAAAUUCUGAUAGUCUUGAACAUCUUAAACGAUUUAUAGAAAGCAUACGCAAUGUGAAAGUUUCAGAAGUUCCAUAUGUUAAACGCAUAAUGACUGAAGCCAGUGAAUAUUUUUUGGCAAAUGGUAUAGAUAUUCGAGGUGUAAAUAUUGGAUCUAUAAUAUUUAGUCUUUUUGUAUAUGAUACUAAAAGUUUGAUGAAUUUAUGGGAUAUGCAUUUGAGUGGACAGCUUAUUAAAGAUUUGGCAAAGAUUUUGGUACCUGAAGAUCUACAGGAACUCUUUUUGGAAAAGUGGAUGACAGAAAUUGAUGAGGCUGAAUACAAAUCUACUCUCAGUAAGCUUAUUGACAAGCAUUUAAAAUUCAAGUCUCGCUGA